AUGGCUUCCCCGGGGAGCCGUGCCGAGAACCAGCUGGAGGCAGGAAGCCUGGAGUUUAGAGCCCACCGGCUCCUCGAGGAGGAAGGCUGCGUGAAUGUCACUCGCGCCACCCAUCUGAUGCGUGCCAUCCACGUGGAUGCUGUGCUAGAUGCUGCGGCGUGGGGACCAGACGCUGUCCUUGGCCGCAAGACACGAGCUCCGAGACAAAUUGUAGAUAAAUCCUUGAUUUACAACAUCAGGAUCAGCGAUGUGAAUGAUCAUGCACCCCAGUUCCCUGAGAAGGAAUUUAACAUCAGUGUGAAGGAGAACCACACUGCAGGUGUUCAACCUAUUCUUCAGAUGUUAACAGUGGAUUUAGAUCAAGAAAAUACUCCAAAUUCUCAUGUCCCUUACUUCCUUGUUUCCCAAACACCGUUACUGAGAAAAAGUGCUUUCUGGAUUGACCGUAUUAGUGGAGAAAUACGACUGUCAGGGUGCUUAGAUUAUGCGACUGCUCCUCGGCUCGCAUUACUAAUCAGAACGGAGGAUUGUGGAGGACCACCGUUGUCAUUCACGGCCACGGUUCACAUACGUGUGCGAGACGGUGACAACCACAUGCCACGUUCAGCCGGGACAUAUAACAUUUAGAUAGUGGAAGGCCGAGCCAGCCAGGGCAUGUUAUGUCUUGAGGUCCAAGAUGGUGAUUCUCCAUUUACGUCAGCAUGGAGAGUGAAGUUCAAUAUAUUAAAUGGCAAUGAAGAGGGACAUUUUGACAUUUUGACUGAUCCUGAGACCAAUGAAGGGAUUUUAAAUGUUAUCAAGCCUUUGGACUGUGAGACUCAGCCAGUGCCGAGCCUGGUCGUGGCCGUGGAGAACGAGGGGCCGCUCUUCUCCUGCGAAGGGGGCGGCUGCAGAGGCCCGCAGGCUGCGGCCAGCACCACCGUGAGUGUGCGGGUGGCCAGCGUCAACGACCCGCCCGCCUUCCAUCCCGGGACCUUCAUUGUCAGUGAAGUCAACGGCGCUGGGCCUGGGACUCAGGUGGGAAUUUUUAAUGCUACGGAUCCGGACAGAACUGCCAGCCAGAUAAGAUACGAACUGGCUUAUGAUCCGGCAGAUUGGGUCAGUGUAGAUGAGCUCUCAGGGGCGGUAAUCACCAGGAAGCAAACUGACCCCGAAUCCCCUCAUGUGAGUGACAGCUUUUACAUGAUCAUCGCUCGUACUGUUGAUGAUGGUGUCCCGCCGCGGACGGGGACGGGGACCAUCCUGCUCUUCCUGUGAGACACCAACGACAACGCGCCCGCCCUCCACCCACGGCCUCGAUACCUGGAGGUGGAGCCUGCAGGAGGCAAGCCCCUCCCCAUCGAGGCGGAGGAUGGGGACCAGGAGCCCUACUCCGACCCGUUCACCUUCAAAGUGGACAAUACCUGGGGAAACACAGAAGACACGUGGAAACUGGGGGGAAAUCAUGGUCACUCAGUGGAACUUUUAAUGCUGAGAAGCCUCCCACGUGGUGACUACUUGGUGCCGCUUUUCAUCGGAGACAAACAGGGACUCUCCCAGAAGCAGACUGUCCAUGUGAGGGUCUGUUCCUGUCCCGGUGGGUUCACAUGUGCAGAGCCCUCCGUCGCGGGAGCCGGGCUCCUCCAGGGGGUGCUGGCCUCUCUCUGUGCAGCGUUCAUAGCUCUGGCAGCCGCUCUGCUUUUCCUGCUGAGAUGCUAUUUUGUGUCUGGCCAGAGGCAGGGACGCUCUAUCCCACGUGAGGAAGGCAUCCAGACCCUGAUCACGUGGAACGACGAGAGCGGAGCCGCCCCUGUCCUGGAAAGGUCAUACGUCAGGGAUCAGAUGUCAGCCCUGUCCAUCAACACAGCCGAGGCGGGCGCCAAGCUGGGAGCUAAGGUUUACCUGGAUACUGUGGUGCCCAAAGGACCCAUGGAAGUGAGGGUACGAGUGAUGGCAGGGAUGCUGAGUCAGCAGCUCGGUGGUGCUGACGUCCCCAAGGGAGACCCUGGUUACCCACCUCACGUCUACGCAGAGGAGGGCAAGUGUGAGCGAGCAGAGACCCGCAGUUCUCUCGCCUUCUCCGAACAUGACCUGUUGCCCGACUUGCUGGACUCUUUGGGGCCAAAGGCUGCUCCACUCGAAGCAAUAUAUUCUGAGUCAGGUUUUCAGUUCUUAAAAACUGCAUAUUUUGGUGAAUUGGAAUAA